AUGGCUUCUGUUGAUAUAUCUUACCUUCCGAAUGGAUACGAUGAUUGGCACAAGGCGCUUCUUCAAGCUCUGUGUCAUAGGAUGAACGAUGAAGGUAGUCAAACGAGAACAGCAAGACGACUAAGCUCGUCUUGGAUAUCCUCCCUCUCUGUCAAUCGCUGCUUCCUCAUUUCGCUCUCGUUGCACUUUCUUUCUGGCUAUGUCUAUCCUCGUCUCCGCUUUCAAACGACGGAGAUCGCUCAAGAGCCUGAAGACGAGAUGGCUUCAAUUGUCUCGCCCUUGCCUCGCUCUUCUGUCUCAUUCCCCUCAUCACUUCGCCCUCUCUCUUGUUCAAAAACCCGCCUCUCUUCGUCUCCGUCUUCGAAUAACGACGACGAUCGGGCAAUGACUAACGCAAGAUGGCCUCUGUCGUCUACGCGUAUCUCGCUCGACGAGCACCUACGGUUCGCCCUCCCUCCUCCCCUCUGCCUCUCCCAUCCCCUUUUCUUCACCCUCGCCCUUUGA